AUGUCAAAUGAUGGAAUCAAAGUUAUAGUUCACGAUGAUAUAUAUUAUAGUCUUCAUUCAGAUACACUACAAAGGGAUUUUAUCAGAUCAGCUUCAAUUCAUAUUUCAAAAAAUCCAAAUUUAUAUUCUUUUGAAAGCUUACCUGCAUUCAUACAUUAUCGACCAUUGCCUCCAUUAUACCAAUUUUCAUCACCAAUAAGAAUUAACUGUACAAAAGGUGAUGUUCCUCGUUGCCAAAAAUGUCACUGUUAUUUAUCACCAUUUGUCCAGAUUAAUCAACAAAUGCAUGCAUGGUAUUGUCCAAUAUGUAAUACCACGAACUCCACAAUUCAUUUUACGCCUUUAUCUGACAUGAAUGUAAAUAAAUUUGAUAGAGAAGAAUUACACAAUCUUGUAUACGACAUUAUUCCACCUCGUAACCAGCUGUUAAAGAAUGGAGAAGCUCGCUGUUUCCUUUUUAUAAUUCAAGAAGAUUUACUAAAUUUUGGUUCUUCUUCGCAAAAUAACCUAAUUCAAGCACUUGAAUCUGCUGUACAGAACUUUAAAGAAAAUGAUAAAAUAGGAUUGAUCACUUUUUCAUCAGUUGUUACUUUAUAUAACUUAGUUUCAUUGAAAGCAAUGUCAUAUUCAGAAUUUGACACAGAAUUAGUUACAGAUCCACUGACACUAGUAAAUGCAAGGGAAUUUUCUCAAAAUUUCAUUUCCUGUGUUAAAUCAAGAUCAAAAUUAGACAAAAUCUCAUCCCCACGUUUGUUUACAGCUCUCCAAUGGGCACAGAAUUACCUCAAAGGUCUUGGAGGCCGCAUUUUACUAUUUACAAGUGGAAAAUUCGAUGAAAAAAAUUUAGAUUUAAUUUCUGAUUUCAAAUCUGAGAGUAUUUCACUUUCUGUGUUUGCACAGACACCAAACUCUCAUUUAGAUUCAUUAGCACUAGCAACAGGAGGCUAUUCAACCCAUAUUUUUGAUGAUUCUUUGUUAUCUUCACUUUUUGGUGUCGAAACAGGAUGGGAUUCAUCAACAGUAUUUAGAUAUGAUUCAAGAGUUGCAAAAAUAGGACCAAUUCUCAGUGGUUUCUCCAACAAUUCUGAAGAAGUCCUAAAACACCCCGUAAUUGAUGAAACCAUGUCAAUUACUGUACCUCUGAGCAUCAUUCCAGGUUCAUCUGGAGUAUUUACAUUCCAAUUUGCGACAAGAUUCACUACAGAUCUCGGAGAAAGACUAAUUAGAGUUGUAAAUGGACAAAUGCCAAUAUCAGACUUUUGUCCAAUGCCGUAUGAUACAUCAGCAAUUGCUUUGUAUAUACUAAGACUCAAUGCAAUGAAUAUUUUGAAAGAUCAAAUUUCGUUUACGAAAUCUAUGCAAGAUUUAAAGAAAUCUAUAACUUUAAAGGACUUACCUCUACUUAUAUAUACUGGAAACAUGAGAGAGAAGUCAAUGUUGAUGAGUUGUUCUGUAGAAAGAUUUGGAUUUUCAGUUUUAGUGACAGUGUUCGUAGUAAAUGAGGUUAAUUACUAUGUUCUUUGGACACCAAAGAAGGUUGUUGUAUAUCCAAAGCCAAGUGACCAAGAAAUUAAAUUAAUUCAACAAAUCUCACGCCAAAAGGGACUUAUUAUGACAUCAAUAUAUUCACCAGAAACUGUUGAAGAGUUUCAAUCUAUAUCAAGAACGGAACAAGAAGCAUUUGAUUGGUUCCAAAGAUUAUGA